AUAUUAUAAUAAUAAAAUCAGAAUUGACGACGAGAAAGACGAGCCUCGAGGCGACGCUAACGCUUGGGAGAAAUCGCCCGCUCUCUCUCUUGUACUCCGCUCCUGUCUCUUCUCGCUUCGUCCCCUAUCCCCGAAUCCUAAUCGAUCUGAGAAUUCGGCGCUCCCGAUCACCGGAAACCAUGGCGUGCUCGAUCGCCGUCGAGGAGCUUUCCGCCGCCGAGCUCCUCCUCCGGGCCGCGGCGAUGGUGCCGGCGUCCCACUACCUCUUGGCCGGCCUCCUCCUCCUUCUCGUUUUCCUCUACAACUUCCUCGAGUAUCACCUCGGCGGCGACCUCAUUCGUGGGUGCAGGGGCAAUCCGGUGACCCUUACUUUCGACCCGGCCUCCAAGAUCUAUGAGGGGGUCGUCUCCAAAUGCCGAAUCCUUCACGGGAGGUACUUGGCCACACCGUGGCUCGCGAGCCCCCAUUUCCAGACUGCGUUUCUGAAUUUCUUCGGGAAUCCUCCUGUUUUUAACUACAGAAGGCAGUUAUUCUCUGUGCAUGAUGGUGGAACUAUUGCUUUAGAUUGGUUGCUUCCUUCUGAUGUCUGAUUGCUUCUAUAAUGCUGGAUGGACGGAAGAUGUUCGGGAAGUUGUUAACCAUCUUCAUCGAGAAUAUCCAAAGGCUCCUCUUUUUACUGUUGGGACAAGUAUUGGCGCCAAUAUUCUGGUCAAAUAUCUUGGAGAAGAUGGGGAAAAUACACCUGUUGCUGGUGCUGCAUCUAUUUGCUCUCCUUGGGAUCUGGUGGUAUGUGACAGGUUCAUUACUCGCAAGCUUGUGCAACGUUUUUAUGACAGAGCUCUUACAAUUGGUCUCAAGGGUUAUGCUCGAUUACAUCAACCUAUCUUAACUCGUCUUGCAAACUGGGAAGGCAUUCGAAAGUCCUGUUCUGUCCGAGACUUUGACAAUCAUGCCACUUGCCAUGUUGGAAAAUUUGAGACAGUGGAUACAUACUAUCGCCGCUGUAGCAGUGCUAGUUAUAUUGGGAAUGUAUCAGUGCCACUGCUUUGCAUCAGUGCUUUGGACGAUCCAGUCUGUACAAAGGAGGCAAUUCCUUGGGAUGAGUGCAGAGCGAACAAAAACAUUGUUUUGGCAACAACAGCUCAUGGUGGACAUCUUGCAUAUUUUAAAGGACUAACCGCACGUAGCUUAUGGUGGGUGGGAGCCGUCCACGAGUUUCUUAAUGUUCUACACUCAAGCCCAUUCAUGCAUGGCCAGAAAAAGACAUUACAUCCUGGCUUGCAUUCUUCUCUGGAAUCGUCCAUUGAUAAGAGCCCAUAUGUGAAUAUCAUGGAAGAUGGAAUGGUUGCUGCAAUGAAAAAUGAAGGAGAAGGUUCCAGCAAUACACUGGACUUACCUGAUGAUAAGAUAAAUCAUGACAUGAGAUCUGAGAACGAUUUUGUGGUUUCUGACCCAAGAGAACCAAUAACAGAAGCAAGCACAGAUCCUGUUCAUGAGGUUUCCCCUUCAUCAGUUGAGAAGACAGCGAAUGAGACUUAUUCCAAACUUAUCCAUGCUGUGAUGGGUCCAAUGAAGAGAUCCACAAACCAGCUGUCACGACAUUAUAGAACAUCAAUAUGGUUGCUCGCAUACAUUGCCAUCAUGACAAGCUGGCCUUUCAUUGGCACUCUCCUAAAUAUCUUCAGGAGGAAAUUCAAGGGUUCUUUGCCAGCAUCUUUGCUUAGAAGAUAAGAAUGAGAACGCCUAUAUCUGACAUGUAUGUAUCUUUAUCACCUGAUGGCAUGCAGGUAACUUUUUGUUUAAAUAAACUAUAUGAUAGACUUUCACAAGGUUAUAGACCUUUGGAUAUCUUCAUGAUAGAGCCUAGAAUUCGUCCUUCUACAUCAAAAGGGCAGCUGUAAAAUCUCUUUCAUAGAGGCAGAUGAUUGACAAACAGAUCCUUGUCUGGGAAAUUCAUCAAUUCUGCAUCAUUGUUUGCAUCGAUGCUGAAGUAUGGCAACACACACCACCAAAAGGCAAAACAUGGCAGUUACACCCUACCCUUCUUGUGGAUAUGGAACUCCAAACCUGUUUGACCUGCCCAUGCCACUCCUUCAGGAUGUCUGAAACUGGGACUGGAAUUAAUCUAGCAGAGUGCUACUUUACGCUUGCUGCUUACCAUGUACAAUUAGCAGGCUUCUCAUGGAACAACAAAUGGAAAUGCUGGGCGCGACGGGCUACACCUAUGAUUGGCCUGUCCAUCCCAGGGUGCAGGUUAGAUGUGGGUGCGUAAUAAUUGGAUUUGGCUAGGUUUGGUCUUGAAAAAUUUGGCUCCUCGGCUGGUAUUUGCCUAAUAACCUAGUGUAAUUCAGCUUGAGGAUAUUGGGUCUGUGCUUGAGGGUUAUAAUUAUGUUUGUUAGACAUUAUUUGUGGUAAUAAAGAAAAUUUUGGUCCCACAA